AAUGGGCAGCUGUUCACGUGGCCUCCGCGGGGGGCGCUGUUGUCGCUGUCCAUACCCAUAAGCGGGGGAGUGAGAGGUGCAUGAAAUGGAGAAAAAUGGCGGAUCAUGUGCAGGGCCUUGCCCAGCUGGAGAUCCUGUGUAAGCAGCUGUACGAGACCACCGACACCGCCGUCCGACUCCAGGCAGAGAAAGCUCUGGUCGAGUUCACCAACAGCCCCGACUGUCUCAGCAAGUGUCAGCUGCUGCUGGAGAGAGGGAGUUCGUCAUAUUCUCAGCUGCUUGCGGCCACAUGUUUGUCUAAACUGGUGUCUCGGACCAGUAACCCUCUGCCUCUGGAGCAACGCAUCGACAUCCGGAACUAUGUACUGAAUUAUCUGGCGACGCGGCCGAAGUUGGCGGCGUUCGUCACCCAGGCGUUGAUCCAACUGUACGCGCGGAUCACCAAACUGGGCUGGUUCGACUGUCAGAAAGAUGACUACGUCUUCAGGAACGUCAUCGCUGAUGUGACGCGCUUUCUACAGGAUAGUGUUGAACACUGCAUCAUCGGUGUGACCAUUCUGUCCCAGCUGACCAAUGAGAUCAACCAGGCCGACACAACACAUCCUCUCACUAAACACAGGAAGAUCGCGUCGUCGUUCAGAGACUCGUCCCUCUUUGAUAUCUUCACUCUUUCCUGUAACCUCCUCAAACAGGCUUCGGGGAAGAACUUAAAUCUGAACGAUGAGUCUCAGCACGGUCUCCUGAUGCAGCUGCUCAAACUCAGCUACAACUGCCUCAACUACGACUUCAUAGGAACUUCCACAGACGAGUCGUCGGACGACCUCUGCACUGUACAGAUCCCCACGUCAUGGAGAUCAGCGUUUCUCGAUUCCUCCACCCUGCAGCUCUUCUUCAAUUUAUAUCAUUCCAUCCCUCCAUCACUUUCUCCACUGGUGAGUGACGGGGGGGAAAAACAAACAGGAAGAACACAUGCUGCCUUGUUAUUGGUUUUGUCGUGUCUAGUUCAGAUCGCCUCCGUCAGAAGAUCCCUCUUCAACAACGCGGAGCGAGCAAAGUUUCUGUCACACCUGGUGGACGGAGUCAAGAGGAUACUGGCCAACCCACAGUGUUUACCUGAUCCCAACAACUACCACGAGUUCUGCCGCCUGCUGGCGAGGCUGAAGAGCAACUACCAGCUGGGUGAACUGGUCAAAGUAGAAAACUACCCCGAGGUGAUUCGGCUCAUAGCCAACUUCACCGUCACCAGUUUGCAGCACUGGGAGUUUGCUCCCAACAGCGUCCACUACCUGCUGAGUCUGUGGCAGCGUCUGGCUGCGUCCGUUCCUUACGUCAAAGCCACAGAGCCUCACCUGCUGGAGACGUACACGCCGGAGGUCACCAAGGCCUACAUCACGUCACGGCUGGAGUCAGUCCACGUCAUCCUCAGAGACGGGUUAGAAGACCCUCUGGACGACGCAGGCCUCGUCCAGCAGCAGUUGGACCAGUUGUCCACCAUCGGCAGAUGCGAGUACGAGAAGACGUGCGCUCUGCUCGUCCAGCUCUUCGACCAGGCGGCUCAGUCGUACCAGGAGCUGCUGCAGUCCACCAACUCCAGCGCCGCCGACAUCACCGUGCAGGAGGGUCGGUUAACAUGGUUGGUUUAUAUAAUCGGAGCGGUGAUCGGUGGGCGGGUGUCGUUUGCGAGUACUGACGAGCAGGACGCCAUGGACGGAGAGUUAGUCUGUCGGGUGCUGCAGCUGAUGAAUCUGACCGACUCGCGGCUCGCUCAGGCGGGGAACGAGCGGCUGGAGCUCGCCAUGCUCAGCUUCUUUGAACAGUUCAGGAAGAUCUACAUCGGUGACCAGGUGCAGAAAUCGUCCAAGCUUUAUCGACGACUAUCAGAAGUUCUGGGUUUGAACGACGAGACGAUGGUUCUCAGCGUUUUUAUAGGGAAAAUCAUCACUAACUUGAAGUAUUGGGGCCAGUGUGAACCAAUCACCUCCAAGACACUGCAGCUACUCAACGACCUCUCUUUAGGGUACAGCAGCGUGAGAAAGUUGGUAAAGCUCAGCGCGGUCCAGUUCAUGUUAAAUAACCACACGAGUGAACACUUCUCUUUCCUCGGAGUGAAUAAUCAGUCCAAUCUGAGCGACAUGAGGUGUCGGACCACUUUUUACACUGCGCUGGGACGCCUCCUAAUGGUUGAUCUGGGUGAAGACGAGGACCAGUUUGAACAGUUCAUGUUGCCUUUGACGGCUGCGUUUGAAACUGUCGCUCAGAUGUUGAGUACGAACACUUUCAACGAGCAGGAAGCUAAGAGGACGCUAGUGGGUUUGGUCCGAGACCUGCGAGGCAUCGCGUACGCCUUCAACGCAAAGACGAGCUUCAUGAUGUUGUUCGACUGGAUAUACCCCGCCUACAUGCCCAUCCUACAGCGCGCCAUCGAGCUGUGGUACCACGACCCAGCAUGCACCACGCCUGUCCUCAAACUCAUGGCCGAGCUCGUCCACAACAGGUCUCAGAGGCUUCAGUUCGACGUGUCGUCACCAAACGGCAUCUUAUUGUUCAGAGAAACCAGCAAGAUGAUCACCACCUACGGGAAUCGCAUCUUGACGUUGGGCGAGGUCCCGAAGGACCAGGUGUACGGCGUGAAGCUGAAGGGCGUCAGCGUGUGCUUCACGAUGCUGAAGGCGGUGCUCAGCGGGAACUACGUCAACUUCGGCGUCUUCCGUCUCUACGGAGACGACGCCCUGGACAACGCCCUGCAGACCUUCAUCAAACUGCUGCUGUCCAUCCCUCACAGCGACCUGCUCGAUUACCCUAAACUCAGCCAGUCAUUCUACUCGCUGCUCGAGGUGUUGACGCAGGACCACAUGAACUUCAUCGCCAGUCUGGAGCCGCACGUCGUCAUGUACAUCCUGUCCUCCAUAUCAGAGGGGCUCACGGCGCUCGAUACGAUGGUGUGCACAGGCUGCUGCUCCAGUCUGGACCACAUCGUGACGUACCUGUUCAAGCAGCUGUCACGCUCCACCAAGAAACGCCCGGCGCCCAUGGCAACGGACGAUCGCUUCCUGCUCAUCAUGCAGCAGCAUCCGGAGAUGAUCCAACAGAUGUUGUCCACUGUUCUGAACAUCAUCAUCUUUGAGGACUGUAGAAACCAGUGGUCGAUGUCACGGCCGCUGUUAGGCCUCAUCCUGCUCAACGAGAAGUACUUUGCUGACCUGAGGAACAGCAUCGUCAACAGUCAGCCUCCAGAGAAGCAGCAGGCCAUGCACUUAUGUUUCGAGAACCUGAUGGAGGGAAUCGAGAGAAACCUUCUGACCAAGAAUCGAGACAGGUUCACUCAGAACUUGUCGGUGUUCCGACGGGAAGUCAACGACAGCAUGAAGAACUCGACGUACGGCGUCAACAGCAAUGACAUGAUGAGCUGACAUUCCACACCGCAGAGUCUCCCCACGCCGCAGACAGAGCCCCGCCCCCUCCCUCACCCCACCUCCUCCACCGCCUCUGCAUCAGCCUGGCCCCGCCUACCUCCUUCCCUCCCUCCCCCCCUCGGGCCCGGAUGCCCAGGGAUCACCUCCUCCUCCUCACCUGGAUACACGACGUACGGGAGCGUUGGUCACAUUCAGCGAGUUGCCCCGCCCCCCCGCCCCGGCCCUGCCCUCUCACUCUCCUCAUCCUUUUUGAUAUAAGCAUAUAUAAAUAUAUACAGAUCUAUUUUAAAGCCAGUCUGACUGUCUGACAGAAGGGGGCGCAUGUGUGAGGUGAGCGUUCACAGAGGAGGGGGUGGGGGGCGUGGUCAGGCGAGAUCAGGCGGGGAACGCCGGUAACCGUAGUAAUCUGCUUCUGCCCGCCUUGUAUAGACGAACACAGAAGAAGAAAAAACAAACAAGAAACACGUGUACAUUUUUUUUCGUAACAUUUUGAACAAUGUUUAUAAAAAUGAUCGAGUUUAAAAACAAAAGACGAGUUGAGGAAAAAGAAAAAAAACAACAAAAAACGUGUGAUUGAGCUUUUUACAGUGUAGUGAGUUAGUGCAGCUGUCUGUCUGCGAGGGGCGUGGCAAGGGGGUGUGGCCACAGGUUCACAUACACACUAACACAAAGGGAGAGUCAGAGCAGCCAUGUUGUACAUUUUUCUCAGUCUCUGGUUUAUAGUGAUGUAAAUAGUCACGUGACCCCGCCCACAGCAGCAGUAGGGCGGGGCUGAUUUAAAGGGACAGUUCUGUUAUUUAUCACCCGACGUCCUCUCCUCAUCGCGUCCGUGUUUCUGACGCGUUAGUCUCCGCAUCGACUCGCGUCACUUACAAUUUGAUUUAUUAAAAUUUCAAGACAUUUAAAUCAUUUCAAUACGUUGUUUUUUUGUUUUGGGACCAUAACAGCUGAUCACUGUUAUUGAUCAGAUCAAACAUCAAUAGCAGGAGAAAAAAAACAAUACAUGUGUCACGUUUUUCUCAACAAAAAAGAAUUUGCCGAAACUAUUAAUAGUUUUACGUUUUUAAAGUGUAGCUGUAUGAGGUACUGACACGUCGUCGACACAGGGGGGCGCUCACAGUCCCUUAUACAACCACACUUCAAAAAACAUGAACUAUCCCUUUUUUAAGGACUUGUUUCCUACAGUUAUUUAUUGAGUAAUUUGAGAAUGACACUUUUUUUUUACACCACCAGGUUCACACUUUCACCGAUUCACGAGCCCUGAUUUCUUCUGUUCCCGGUGUGGCGUGCAGCUACUUCCUGUCAAAAAACCUACUCCACAGGAAUUAGCUUCACUUGCGUCACAUGCGUAGAACCGACCUGAGUUUCUGGUACAAACCGGUUUGCCACACUCUGUAUUCUCACUCACAUGGAGCCAGCAUGGACACAAUGACAUCAUUUUCCUUUUUCUGACCUCCCGUCCGUCCGUGUGACCGUGUGUCUUGUCUCUUUCAAUCAAAAAGCAACACGCUUGCUUGUCUCCCUGCGGCGAUUGACGUGUAAACAACAUGGUCACGGCGACAUCUUCCCCUCUGGUAGGCUGGUGUGCAGUUCCCGCCAUUUUGUUUACACUCUGGAUUCCUUGGACCAGGUUUUGGGACGGCCCCGCCCCCUUUUAGGUCCUGUGGUGGAGUCCUUUUGGUGUGAGUGUGUGUGGGUGUGCGCGUGCGUGCGUGUGUGUGUGUGUGUGUUUGUGUGAUGUGGCGUCUCAUGGUGCUUGUGAUGAAGCUCAAACAGUCCAAGUCUGUGAACUCUGAUGAUGGUGGCGUCCUACUUCCUGGUCGUCUGAGCUCCUCUGAAGGAAAUCGCCUGGAGAUUAUUGAUUGAUUGAUUGAUUGAUCGGUCAAUCAUCAGAUUGUCAGAAGCAGGAGACGAGUGUAUUAGCAACACGUGUUACUCUCUCUCUCUCUGGAGACGAUGUCGCUGCUAACUGUUUGUGACAACUAGCUCAUCUCUAACGUGUCUGCGCUCGCGGACGCCGCGUCCCCGAGUCCCUGAUGUUUGUGUUCUGAUGUGAAUGUGUCGGGUCCAUAGAGUGAGUAGCUGUUUGAGUUGUUUGGAUGUCUGCUACAUUAUAGUGUCAGCAUUGUGACUGCAAAUAAACCUCAUUGAUUUUUAAAGCUG